AUGGCGACAACUACGAACACGAAGGGGCACAUAAACGGAGAUGGCCCCAAAACCUUUUCGAACUUCACACUUAAAGACAUACCGGUGGAAAAUCUCAGACCGUUGAGGGUGGUUGUCAUUGGCGCUGGGUAUAGUGGGAUUGGAGCAGCGAUUAGAAUACCAGAGAAACUACGAAAUGUCGAACUAGUGGUUUAUGAGAAAUACGAAGGAAUUGGGGGGACAUGGUGGGUGAACACGUAUCCAGGCAUCGCCUGCGACAUCCCCUCCCACUCCUACCAAUUCUCCUUCGCGCCCAACCCGAACUGGUCCAACCUGUACGCUCCCGGCCACGAGAUCCAGAAAUACCUGCAAGACGUAGCCAAGAGAUUCGGAGCGACGAGGUUCAUCAAGUUGUCGCAUCAAGUGGAGGAGUGUGUGUGGCAUGAUGGGGAGAAGAAAUGGCAUAUCAAAGUCAAGAACCUACUCACCGGAGAAAUAUUCACCGAUUCGGCACACGUGCUCAUCACAGCCCGUGACCAGCUUAGCGAGCCGAGAUGGCCGGAUAUUGCGGGGAUUGACAAGUUUGAGGGAAAGAAGAUGCAUUCGGGGGCUUGGGAUAAGAGCUACGACCUGCGCAACAAGAAGAUCGCUGUUGUAGGCAACGGCUCCAGUGCCAUCCAGAUCGUUCCCAAGCUUCAGGAACUCGAAGGAACGACGCUUUCGUGCUUCAUGCGAUCGCCGACCUGGAUCUCGUCGGCGUUUGGGGAUAGUACCAUGGAAGAUCUGAGGUUGGAUCCUAAAGUGACUGAGUUCACCGAAGAACAAAAGGUCCUCUUCCGGUCCGACCCCUCCGCUCUCCUCAAGUUCCGCAAAGCCUUUGAAGACUUCGGCACCUCCCUUCACAACUCCACCAUGGCCGGCCACCCGACGACCAUCCAGGGCCAAGCCUUCUUCAAGGCAGACAUGGAAUCCAAGCUCUCGGCGCGUCCCGACCUGCUUGCAAAGAUCAUCCCCGCUUUUGCACCGGGUUGCCGCCGCCUCACGCCAGGAAAGGGAUACCUUGAAGCCCUCCAACAACCCAACGUGACAGCGAUCCACGAUCCGAUCUCGCACAUCACUGCCACCGGCAUCGCCCUUACUACUACCACCACCACUACCACCACAGAAGACAAACAAAAGCAAGUAGAAGUAGAUGCAGACGUGAUCGUCUUCGCCACGGGCUUCCAAGCCUGCACCUCGCCCCCCUUUCCCAUCGUGGGGCGCAACGGCCUCACGCUGUCCUCGCGCUGGUCUUCACACCCGGAAUCUUACCUCGCCGUGGCCGUCGACGGGUUUCCCAACUACCUGAUGCUGUUCGGGCCCAACACGACCAUCGGGUUCGGCAGCUUGAACCGGAUCCUGGAGGCGCAGGUGGACUACGUCGUUUCAGUCAUCCGCAAGUUGCAAAAGGAGGAUUACGCGUCCAUGGAGCCCAAGCCUGAAAGGGUGAAAGAUUUUGUGCAGUUCGUGGAUGCGUAUUUCAAGGAUACCGUGCAUCUGGAUAAAUGCAAGAGUUGGUAUCGGAGCCAGGGGGGAGUGGGGGAUAGGAUCGUGGCGCUGUGGCCGGGGAGUACACAGCAUGCUGUUGAGACGUUCAGGAGUCCGAGGUGGGAGGAUUGGGUUUAUGAGAGUGUGGAGGACACGGAGAGCGGGAGUGGAAGUAGGAAUGGGUUGGGGUGGUUGGGAAAUGGGUGGAGCUUGACGCAGACGGAGGGCGAUCCGAGUUGGUAUUUAAAUCUGGAGGAGAUUGAGUUUCCGUGGGAGAGGAGGCCGGAGGAGAAUCCAAAGUAUAAGUCAAGGCCGUGGUCGCAUUGA